CACCCUCCCUUUGCGUUCUUUUUUUUCGGUCAAAGGGCUUUCAACAGAUUGCAUACCUUUUUUUCCCACCAAGUACAUAUGUAUAGUAAGAUUAGUUAGCUUUCACCAUGUUAACGUUCUACCAUUCUUUGAUCUUCUUGUCAGUUCUUUUAUUGUGCUGGAAUGGUUCCAUCCAAUGCAUAUACCGUGGCAGGUUUUCUCGUCUCAUCUACCAUAGUAGCAUUUCGGGUUUUCCAUACAUACACACGAGAAAAAAAAAUAGCAUCCACGAUUAAUAACAAAGUGUAGCCAAAUAGCGCGUCCAAGUAGAAAUUUCUGGUUGAUGGAACCAAUAGAGGCGAUGAUUGGCCAUCAUGAGUAUAUUACAAAUGGCUGGUUUGUACCACCAGACAGAUCUCAGCAGUCGAAGCAA